AAAACUAGAUUAACAUGGCUCCAAUGAAUCGCCCAGCUCCUGUGGAAGUCACAUACAGGAACAUGAGAUUUCUUAUUACACACAACCCGACCAGUGCAACCUUAAACAGAUUUAUAGAGGAACUUAAGAAAUAUGGAGUUACAACAAUAGUAAGAGUGUGUGAAGCAACUUAUGACACUGCUCUUAUGGAGAAAGAAGGCAUCCAGGUUCUAGAUUGGCCUUUUGAUGAUGGUUCCUCACCAUCCAACCAGAUUGUUGAUGACUGGUUAAGUCUUGUAAACAUUAAAUUUCGUGAAGAACCUGGUUGUUGUAUUGCCGUUCACUGUGUUGCAGGUCUUGGGCGAACUCCAGUGCUUGUUGCCUUAGCAUUAAUUGAAAGUGGAAUGAAAAAUGAAGAUGCAGUACAGUUUAUAAGACAAAAGCGGCGUGGAGCUUUUAACAGCAAGCAACUUUUAUAUUUGGAGAAAUAUCGUUCUAAAAUGCGGCUGCGCUUCAAAGACUCCAAUGGUCACAGAAACAACUGUUGCGUUCAAUAAAACUUGGCUGGCUGAUGCCAUUGCCUUGAAAGUGGAGCUUGAGACAGGACUUAAUUUAUCGUACAUGUUAGUCAUCAUAUAGGCUUAGUGAAUAUAAGUCUAAUGAAGCUUCCAUAGGAAAAUUGAAAAGCCACAAGCUUGACAAAAUUGCAACCUCUGUUUUUCUUACUACUAUCCCAUGCCAGAAACAAUAUAUAAGAAAUUUAGUGAGAUAUGAGGUACCAAGAUACUCAGCACAAUACUUGUAUAUUUUUAGUUACACAGAAUUAAAAUCCCAGGAACUAUAAGCACUCUAGACCUUAUGUGAUUUAUUCCUUCAGUUAUUUCAACAUUGCAAGUAGGGUCUAUAUAAUUAUUUGCUUGCUUCUUUAUGCUUACCACCUCACUUGUGUAUGGGUAUACAUCAGAUUUGUGCAACAAUUUUGUUCAAUUAUUACCAAGUCUCAUGGUGAUUAUUUUAUGUCUCUGUAGAUCUCAUUUUAUGUUAUGAAAACCUCCAUUUUGGAAAAUCAACUUCUGGUUAAAAGUUCAUGCAAAAUCCACAUUGUACAGAAGCAUAUAUGUUUAAUGUCUUAAGAUAAAGAAGCUUUAUAGUAAAUGUUUACAUUUGGGAUGCCUGUACUGGGGACCUGAAGACAGACAGAAUGGGAGGAGAAUAUGAAAUAUUUCUAGUAAAUGUUGCCUUUGUCUUGUAUAGGAAGUAGACAGUAGGCUCUUUAGUUAAAAAGAAAAGGUAAACAAUGCUUAAUUAUAAAAUUUCUGAAAAUCUUGUAAUUCUUCCCCAUACCCAUUGGAAGUUACUUAUUAACUAUUAUUUUAGUUUGAACUGUGAUAUUUUUCCUUGUCUUCCCAACAAAAAAAGUAGAUUUCUAUUAAUGAAUUAAUUAGAACUUUAAAAUUUUAUAUGCUUUUUGAACUAUAAUAUUGGGAUACUUGAUAAUUACUUUUAUUAUGAUAUUGAUAAAAUGGUGAUGUGUUUUAAUGUUAGUACAACCAUAUUUUCAUACUGUCUUGGAAUAAAUGGUAGAGUUCUGUGGGAGAAAUAACUUGUCAGCUAGUACAAGAGUUUAUAUAUCUAAAUAAAGAAUUGCAAGAGAAAGACUUUAAGAUGACAUAGGUAUGUUAAUGGUAAAAGUAGCAGCAAAUGCAUUUCUAGAUAUGAAGAAAAUCAUUACUGAAAGCUUCAAGAGUUUGAAUUCAUGAGAAAUUACAACAUUUCUAAACUUUAUGCAUCUAAUAACAUUAAUCCAAAAUACAUAAAGCAAAUAUGGAGAAUAGUAUAGGGAAAAUAGAAAAAGUUUACCAUAGCAGUGGGAAACUUUACUAUAACUUUCAGAAACAAGUAGACAAAAAUCAGUAAGGAUGUAGAUUUGAACAAACCAGUAAGUUUGAUCCCAUGAAUA